AUGCUCUCUCUCUCUCUCUCUCUCUCUCUCUUGUCUAUGGCUUUCUUGAUCUUUUAUUAUUCUAAGUUAAAAAAGCAAUUUGGUGCCAGUAGCUUGCCACCAUUUCCUCCCAAACGUCUACUGGCUUUGUCACAAGCACAACUGGAUGAAAGACGAACAAAUUUGGAACGUUAUAUACAGAUGGUUAGCCAGGAUACUGGCAUUGCAGCUUGUGACAAUUUCAACAGUUUCCUUCUUAAUGCCCAGCAGGAAAGUAUGCAACAAAUAUCCGAACCGGUGAUUCUGGAUAUCUUUUUAAUGAAUGGACACAAAAUCUCGGUGAAUAUUACGUCAACGGAUCAAACGGAAGAUGUGUUAGAAGCUGUUGCUUCACAGAUUGAAAUACCUGAAGAGCAUGUUUAUUAUUUUGGUAUCUACUUAGUUAAAAAGGAAGAUGAUGGUGACAAUUGUAUUGUACGCAAGUUGCAAGAUUUUGAAUCCCCUUAUAUUUCUCUAAAAGCUGCAAAAGGACCCCAUCGAAUUGUGCUACGUAAAAGUUACUGGGAUUCCUCUUUUGAUGAUGAUUUGUUAAAUAACAGAGUGACUAUGAAUUUGUUAUAUGUACAGGCUGUGAAUGAUGUCGAGCGACAAUGGGUACUGGCCACCAAAGAUCAGUUUAUGCAGCUGACUGCUCUGCAACAAAAAGGAUCCAAAAGAGACUACAUAAGGUUAGUGCGGACAUUGAAAUUUUAUGGUUAUAUUCACUUUCGGCCCUGCAUAACUGACUAUCCAGAACCAAAUACUCUGGUGUUGUUGGCUGUUGGAAACAAGGAACUGAACUUCCGGAUUCAGACGGGCAAGGACCAAUACAAAGAAGGUUCCUUUAAAAUCACCAGAAUGCGAUGCUGGAGGAUAACAACCAUAUAUCCGGACAGAGACAACAAUUCUAAUAAAGACAACAAGCCACAACUGGAAAUUUCAUUUGAAUAUCUUCUUUCUAAAGACAAAUUGCAAUGGAUCAACAUUAAAAGCGGUCAGGCAAUUUUAGUGAGCAUGUGUUUACAGGCCAUGGUCGAUGAAUUAAUUAUGAAGAAAGAAGGAAAGAAAAUCAAAAGGCCUUGUGACCGAAUCCGUUGUUCCCGAGGAUACUAUUUGAACCGUGACAGUAAAUCUCCAAUUAUCAAUUCCAAUCAAAAUAUGAGCCACAGUAACAGUGAGAAUGAAGACCAGAGUGCCAUUGACAAAGCUGUGGAUUCCGUAAAAAAAGAAAUUUAA